AUGCACGCACUUUCCCCGCCUGGUCGAGACCUGCCCGACAACGACCACGACAACAACCACGACAACAACCACGACAACAACACCAUGCCGAUCGUGUAUGACGGCACCGGAGGCAGCGGCCAUGGCGAUCUUUUCGAGGGCUUGAAGCUUUUUAUCUCCCAUCGGGUGCCCCUGCGCGACAAAUGGGUCGAUCUUGUCAAGGGCAACGGAGGCGAGGUGGUGCCGCUCGAAAAACAGGCCGACAUGCUUAUUUCUGACCACCUGAAGAGAAAUGGCAUUGCUCCACCUCCAGGAUCAUAUUCGUGGCAGUGGAUUCAAUUCUCAGUCCAGAACGGCUUCCUGCAAUCCCGGGACGACUACCGAAUCCAAGAAGCCCCGGCAAGACCUGCAGGAGCUUCGAGGGCCGCUGCGACCUCCGCGCCUACGAAGGGCCAACGUUCUAAAUUCACCGCCCAAGACGAUGAUAUCUUGGCAAAGUUUGUCUGGGACAAGGAGCAACAAGGUAGCAAAAUCAAGGGCAAUGUGAUCUUCGAGGAGCUAGACCAAAAGGCGCAAGGGAGAACCUGGUUCACCAAGGAGGAUGACGAAGCACUACUCGACAUGAUUAGACGCUUGCACGAGAUAGCCGCUGCCGAAGGCAGGCCGGUUAGAGGACUUGAUGGGAACAAGAUCUUUGAAGAACUGGCAGCGAAGAACACUCGGCAUUCAGCGCAGUCUUGGCGCAACCGAUGGAUUAGGCACUUGAAGGCUACGUUCGAGCAAGAAGGAUCAGAAUUACAGGGCGGAGCGGAAGUACCAGAGAGUCCAGUAGCUCGGCCCAAACCGCAAAUACGAGCAUCCCGGGAGCCCGUCGCACCUCGGACCCAGGCUAAAGGCACCUCAGCUUCGUCUUCCGCAGCAGUCCCCAGUCCAGGACCGCCUACACGACAGAGGACACUCCCGGUCUCCGACGAAGAGAGGCUCAAGAGACAGGAAGAGCGCAAGAGAAGAGCUCGGUCGGCGAUGCUGCUCCAACGACUGUGGAGGGGUCACGUCGUCAGAAGAGAUCAUGCUCAGCUCGAAGCCUCUGUUAUUCCCCUACAGUCACUCAUGAGGGGUUAUCUACUACGGAUGAGAAGAGAACAGGAAAUGAUUGAUGCUUGGCAGGCAAAUGCCGACCCGCUCGGGCAUGAAAAUGAUGAAGACGACGAACAGUACGACGAUGCCCAGGAGGAUGUGAACUCCGAAUUGGAUGGAAACAACUCAAGCUUGAGGGACCAGUUCUACGAAGAUCUUCGAGACUAUAUGGAUGUCAGCGGCGCAAAGAUUGAACUCCAUCCUGUCAUCCAUGGGCGUGAGAUUGAGCUAUGGGAACUGUUCUCCACGGCAACCCAACAGAAUUGUGAGGCCGAGGACCGUGAUUGGACGCAGGUUUCACAGCGGCUGGGCUUUGACCGGACGGAGCUCGCAGGGUGUGCCAAGGAGUUGAAGGAAUGCUAUAAUCGCAAUCUAGCAGAGUUCGAGGAAGCCAUCGGCUCCUACGAUGACGAGGAUGAGGAUGAGGAUGCAACAGCGAUGGCUGAAGACGAACAGGCGCACGGUGACGACGAAGAACAGGCGCUGGUCCAAACAUCGGACGCUGUGACGGCGCCUAAGGAGCUUCCUACAGUGCCUUUGUCCCCGGCAUACCGAUCUUCUUCACCGAUCGCAGGCGUCAAGCGAUCCUUUCAGCAAUCGAAUGAUCUGCAUUCUGAACUCAGCUAUCCUUCGGACAGGUCCAGCAAACGCCGCCGGCACGAUCGGGAGGCAGCAAUUCCGCAAACGCCGGAGCACAAGCUCUGGUCUGGGGGAGGGUACAAUAGCCGUUCAGCCGUGCAAGAUUUCUCGUCGCCAUUGAAGUCGCGGGGUGCUGCGACAGAACAAGAAGGCAUGUGUUCGGUGGACGAGGCCGACGCCUUCCUGAACAAUGGUAUCCAUGAUACUGAAGAGAUUGACCAAUUACCUGACCCAGCGCCUGCGAGGAAACAGAGAUUCGUUGAGCCUGAGACCCAGGAUUUCGGACAAGGCAUAGGCUCCGAAGAUGAUGUGCGUCAGACAAUCGAAAGUGACAACAACGGCUACAUGACAGAUGACGAUGGCAACAGCCCCUCACAGCAGCUUCAUUCCGAAUUUGAAGCAUUUACUAGCCUCUCGCCUCCCGCUCAUACCAGAGACAACGGUGUUGUCUCCACGAAUCGACUACCUUUCUCGGAGUCCAGUCCUAGUCAUAGAAGGCCGACCAACGAAAGGAACACGAUUGUCUCCGGUACGGGGGAUGACGGUGGGCCGGCCGAGCAUGCAGCACGCAACAGUAUCUCGAGCCUGAAGGCUACAAAGCGAUCACUACCCCAGCAUUACCGGACCCUGCAAGCCGUUUCGACUGCCGCGCGCCCUCCCGCUUCAGCCCCGCCACUGAGGUCCAAGGCGAUGGUGAUCGCUCGGCCUACACAUGUAUAUCCAAACCAACCAUCUGAUGCUUCUCAUCACCAGUCCAAGAAAAAUGUGUCUGCAACGUCCACACGAGCUGUGCAGAUAUCCGCAGGACAGCACAACUCAUCAAGGAAAAACCCGGCCUCAUCUGCGCCCUCUCCAGCAUUAGCACGCACUGAAGCCAGAGCUGAUACUUCUCAAUACAACCAAGAUUAUACCAAUGCCCAGUUCGAGCAUUUUCAGGCCUUGGGCUAUUCAACCGUACACAUCGCCUCAGCCAUGGAAGCGGCCUCUCUACAACGUGGGCCCAUGACAGUGGUACUUCAGUCGCUCGCGGCGGGCAAAGGAAUACCUCAGGAUGAGGAGGGAGUGUGGACAGAUUACGAUGAUGAAAAACUAAGGAAGAUCAGGGAGUACAGUCAGAAGAAGAAAUCCGGAGUUGCUCCCUCGAGUUCCGGUCAAAAUGCCAGGGAGAAGGCGCUUGUGGACGGCUACAGAGAUUACCUGCUGAAGAAGCACAAACCACGGUUUUAUGCCAUGAGAUUGGAAUUAAAAGAUAUGUUGGACAAGGCGCCGCCUGAGGGAUGA